UUAUAAAUUAUGGGCAAAAAUAUUGAAUAAGAAAAAGUGGAAAAGAAUUAGACCAAGGAGCAGGUUUUGACUAUGAAAAAGACUAGAAUUACAAAAAUAGGCUAAUCCUUAAGGAAACUAGUGAAUCUGGAUUUAAAACAAAUUAAGAAGGCAAUAAAUGCAGUAUUAAAAUACAAAGAAUCUACUCAUACUACAAAUAUUCUUGACAUCAAAGAUGACUUUAUCUAUUUAGAAAUUGUAUUGAACAAAUAACCGAUCAGGUAUUCAUUGAGACCUGUGUAAAUGUAAAAAAUUAGAUUAAUCAAUAUUAGAAAAUUACCAAAUGCAAUUUACAAUUAGGAAAUGAAUUCAAAAUUCUGUAUCAUAAGCACAAAUCCUUAAAGAUAGUUCAAAGAUUAAAUUUGCGAAUUUGAUAUUCCUUUGAUUUAAAAAGUAAUUGGAUAUUGUAAAUUGAACAAAAAAUACCCAACUUACACAGAUAAGAGAAAAUUAUUUUAUGAAUAUGAUCAAUUCUUUUGUGAUUAAAAGAUAUAUGGAAGUUUGGCAAAAGGAUUAGGAAAAAUCUUCUAUGAUAGAAAAAAGUAAUGAAUUUUCAUAAUUAGAAUACCAUUUCCAGUUAAUUGUGAAAAUAUCACCUAAGAGGAAUUGAACGAAUUAUCAAACUCCACUUAUUUUAUACAAGGAAAUGGCCCUGUAUAGUAAUUUAGACAUGAUAUUUUAGUACUGUAAAAAUAGGAAGAGUUGCAUAAACUCCUGAUUAAAUUACAUAAAAUUUAUUGGCAGCUACUUAUGAAGUUUUGCCUCAUAUUUUAUACGAAAAAGGAAUGAGUUUAAGUUGCUUAAGAUAAUUAAAUGUCAAGUUAUCUAGCUCUGUAUCUUUACCUUUCUAUACCAGGCUUAGCAUUAGAGAGAUAGAAGCAUGGAGAAAUAAAUGAUAAUUUUUUUAUUUAUGUUUGAAAUACAUUAAGUACAAUUUGGAAUAAAAUGAUGAAAUCUGAAUAAUAUUCAAUUAAUGAAAGGAGAUGAAAAGUAACUUUGAGGAUACCCCUAAACUUAAUUCUGAGGUUUUGUUUAAAAAA